UUCAGUACAAUAAUAACAAUACAGAAAUAACUUUUAGUGAUUUGUAGACAAUAGAAGAUAAAAAAAUUAAGCCAAGUGUUGAACAGUGGCUUAUAACUGAAAUGAUAAUACCUUAAUCAGGCGGUGUUUUUAAUAAUUUGAUGUUUAGUAUAGGAAAAUCAAGACAUGACCAACUUGGCUCUGCCAGAUCUUGAUGUGCGAACAGUGCUCAAUGUGGUGGAGGAGAAUUUUGAGAAAGUAGAACUGAAAGCGUACGCUGUUCGAAUGAUUUAUAUAGGGGAACACACUAUGUGCAAGGAAGAUAUGAUAAAGCAUUUUAAAAAGACUGUCAAUGCGGUGAACGCGUGCUACUGUGAAGUUAACAUACAAGGUCUACUGUUAGUGUACGACAGUUACUUUAUCCAUGUUUUAGAGGGUUCAGAAGACACAGUGCAUAGACAAUUAAGAUUCCUUUUUAAAGAAGAGCUGGAUUGGAUUGAGGAAAUGGACCGUCUGGAAGAAGAGGAGGCAGCAGCAGCGGCGGAGGCGGCUGAAGCUGAGGCCAUUGAGCUGGGAAUCCCCUAUGUGCCACCCCCGGCAGUAGAUCCUGCCGAGAAACCAGAGAGGAAGAUGUUUAAACGCCUAAAACUGCUCAUAGUCUAUCAUUCUAUAAAAACGCGUUGGUUCUCAAACUGGCAAGCUGUGACAGCGCGACCACCUUCCUUGGUCGGCAAACUGGACGUGUAUGGACCUCUCCAAGCCCACAUGGAACAACUGCGCAUCUGUCUCGACAAAAUCUUUAAGUUGUGUCGAUUCGCUAACGAAGAACAUUUGUCGUUUGAAGGCCUCAGCGCAGUGGAUCCUAGAAUGGAGGCAUUGCCCGAAGUGGCUCUGCUGGACUUUCUCAUACAAUCGCAGUACAUAUUUGACCUCCGACAAUUUGCGUAUAUGCACAGGCGUGUUGACGACUACUGCUUUUAUUUCGAGAGUGUGUGGCCACUACCUACGCAUUACACGCCCCGACAUCUAUACAAGUUGAAGAUCGACGAUUCGUUCGUGGAACCUUUGCCCGUGAUGCCAUGGGAGAUGGUGAAGAAAGAGGUAGGCGAGGAUGAAGAAGGAAGAGAAGAACAGCAGAGCGGAAGCUCCGACAGCGAUUAAACAUUCGGGAACAUCUAUAAACUUCCUCAGAUAUUAUUUCGAAAAAGAAAAAUCACCCGACAUUUUAUAAAAAUGGCAGUUGUCUGCGAAGGAACUUACUAUAGUCACAUACACAGUCACAAUGUUGAAACUUUUUGUGACGGGUUCGUUAUAUGGCAGCUUAAUAUUAAUUUUUAGUCAAUGCUCUUCUUCCAAA